UAUAAAAGCAACAUGGUUUCACAAUAAUUGUUUUUGCUAUUAUUUAAUUGAAACAAAUGGAGAAGUGUGUCUAUUGUUGUUUUAGUCUCCAUCCUGGUUGUUCUCCUGCUGGUCUGCUGAUUACACAGGCGGUGGAGUUCAUGACGCAUGACCGGUGAGGUCGGCAGAUCAAUCAGGAAAAGGCUUUUAUUGAUUCCUUAGAACUCCACUUUGAAUUGAGACUGAUUCACAAUUUGUCCAUGUAGAAAGCUCUUAGAACAAUUUGGAUCAAUUGAUUAUUCACACAUGUUUAUUGAUCUGCUUAAUUUUUUAACUCCUAAUAUGUCCAUUUUCACUCAUGUAGAAGUCUUUUGAAGCCUUGCACACUGAUUCUGCUUUAUUGUACACUUUCUGUUGCAUGCAGUGGAUAAGCACUGACCCGAUUUAAUGGCUUUUAUGCUUUUAAUGUGUGGUUCUACAGACAAAUUGAAUCCAAUUUCUACACUUUAUCAAGUGACUUUUCAGUGUCAGACAAGGACUGCUUUGGAAGUGGACCAGUUUACCCUUUUUAAAUGUUUUUAAACAUUCGGGAACAUUUUGAAUGCAAAUAUUAAAUUAGUGAAACACAAAAGCAUCUCCUCAUUAACCCAUUAGCUAUCCGGGCAUCUCUGAGUUUUGUCCACUUGCGUCAGUGUCUACCCUGGCCCACUGAUGAUAAUCCAUUUAACUUAAACUCCACAAGCGUCAGAGAAGGGCUGACGUCCCUAUACAUCUCCACCCCCCUCAUACUCUAUACCACACACACACACACACACACACACACCGAAUCAUCAUCCACCCACCUCAGUUUUGAUUUGACGAACAUCCUGGGUCACGAUAACGUCGCCCAAUCAGGAUAUAAAAGCAGCAGAAAGUUUUCCAAACAUCCAGCAAAACAUAAAGUCUGCCUCUGACCGCGAACACACGAGCAGAGUAACAAGAAGCGUAACAAGUGUGCCAAAACGGUUCCAGACAUGGAGAGGUCAGUCAGGUUUGCCGUGGUGUGCGUCGCAGUGUCUCUGCUGGUCUCCUGCCAUCCAGUCGAAGCCUGGUACAAGCAGUCGACCGGGCCCAGUUACUACUCGGUGGGUCGCGCCUCCGGUUUGCUGUCCGGUAUCAGAAGGUCGCCGUACGUCCGGAGGUCCGAGUCCGAAGAGACCCUGAUAGACAGCGGGGAGACAACAGGUAACAACGUGAUUCCAGAGACCAACAGGCAGAUCUCCAUCCUGAAAAGCAUGGCCAUCUGCGUGAAGGACAUCUCUCCAAACCUGAAGAGCUGCGAGCUGCUGCGGGACGGGACGGGCACCUUCCAGUGCAAGGCGGACGUCUUCCUCACCCUGGACUCCCUGGACUGCCUGUCCGCGUGAGUCCCGGCCGGACCAGCAGAGACAGUCCUGGUCCUCCACCGAGCCCCGGGAGCGCUUCUCUGGAAACGAAAAAAAAAGAAAACAAUGAAAGAGCGAGGGAUGGAUGAGUAUGUGAGGGUUGGAGGGUGGUGGCGCAGAGGAACCCGAUCGCUGUCGAUGAUGGACCGCUGCAGACUCUGAAUGUUCUCUUAUUAAAAAAAAAAUAGAAAAAAAAGAAAAAUCAAACACUGUUCAGUUUUUGCUUUAAUUACGUAGACAGAAAAAAUAUCUAUAUAAAAAGAUCAGUAUGAGAGAUGUUAGCUGAUUUCAUCUUUUAAACGACUUUCCAUCUUUUACUGUUUUACCCUGACAUGUAACCACCGCUGCCAACGUGUAUUUAAAUGUCCAUAAAGUUGAGUGCAGAGCAGAUUUCCUGGAAAGUACUUUUAUUUAUUUUAUCUAUUAAAAUGAACAAACACUGGUAAUCAUUUGUGUGACUUCAAUUUGUUUUUAAAUAUUCAACCAGUGGAGGAUAGAAAGGGAAAAAUAAGUGACCCAGCACUGCUUGAUUUGUUACUUUUAUGCAUUUACAUUAAAAGAAAACGAAAAUAUGAUGUCAAAGUAAA